AUGUACACCUUUCUUCUCAAUUUUGGCACUAUUUUCGGUUUGAUCAUUCAUGUCAGAUCACUGUUUCAUGAGAGUAUCCAUACAAGGCUGCUUGAGUCAGAACAAGUGGUGCAAGCAUCAAAUCUUGAUCGAGCAGGAAUCAUCGCGCCAGUGGACAGACAUCUCUUGCAACAGGAGCAUCUGGAUACUUGGAGAGACUUGAGAACUAUUGAAGAAGUCGUAAAGAAAAACAAAUACACUGUGGUUUUUGGGAAGACGCUGGGAAAUGUUGCGAAGGGAAUAUUAAGUAAUUUAAACCUUCUGCCUGAAGAGAUUGACACAAUCCGUCGCAGUGCUGCGAUAUGGGCAAAAGAUAAAAAGAAAAAAACCCUUGCGAUCGCUGUAUAUUAUCUUGCUGAGGUACUCAAACAUCACUUGCCCGGAACGACCGAUGAAGAAACGCAAAGCUUGGCGCAAAGGUUGAUAGCAACUUACAAGUUUCCACCAAAUUCAAAUGACCGAGACAAUGACAGACGCGUUGCAAGGGAGGUUGUUACUCCAUUCCUGGAUUCAGUUAUGUCAGAAUUAAGUCUGCACCUCUUGCUUGAGAAAUUUAGCAAGACCAAGGGUGAGACCAUUGGUCUCUCCUCGAGCUCAGGAGGGAAGCUUGAUUGGAAGCAAAUGAUUACCAAAGAAGAUCAACUGCAAUAUUCUAAAUAUUAUCAGGCAUACAUGAGACUUAUUGAAAUCUUUGACAAAUUAGCAGCUGCAGGGGCGCAGGACAGGAAUUUGAUCUUUAAAAACUUUACUCCAAGUCUUGAAAGAUCGCAGCGUGGCACAAUAUACCUGCUUCACAAAAAGGCCACCAAUCCCAUACAAAUGCACCGGUACCUGAUCAACCGGCCACCAUAUCCUACCAACAAGCCGCUAACAUUACCUCUUUUUGGCUACCCUGACAAGAUCAAUGGCAAAAGCUCAGCACAACUUGAGAUAAACAUCCACAAGACUUGGUCCCAAUCUGGAGAACAAGACCUAGAGAUUUCAUCAAGACUUCUGGAACUCUCAAAUAAGAUUGCAAAUACAUGUGAAAAACUUCCUUCCAAAGUGUACACCAUGGAAGGUUAUGUAGCCCUUUUGGAAACCGCACAAGCUGGUAGUGUCAGGGAUAGAGAAAUGUUAAAUCACAUCUCAAGGACUAUCAAAUUAGUGGUUGACCUUGAAGAAGAUGAAUCUGAAGAACAACAAGUACUAUGGUUCAUACUUCAAUCAGCACUGAGAUCACUUCCAAUGAGAUCUGAACAUAGACAAUCUGAGAAACGGAUAGAGAACAGUGUGAUGUUUUACCUCUUCAUCAGAAGAAUUUCCACAGUAUUGGACACAGUCACCAAGACAGAUUCUUCUUCAAAUAUCACCAAGGACAAAGGUAUGAAAGCCAAGUUUAUGAUGUACUAUUGGAGUUUGGUAUCAUUUGUAACAUCUGGGAUUAGAAAAACAAAUGCAGUUGAGUGGAUGGAGUUAGGGCUGGGAAGAGUUUAUUUAAAUCACCUCAAGUCUUCUGUGACACUGAACAAAUUGCAUGGACAGAUGACCUUGGUUGCAGAAAAAGGAAAAACACCUCAUUUGUCAAAUUCCAUUUGGCUUGAUGAAUCUGAUAUGAUCUCAGAUGAACCCGAAGCAGCAUUAUUCAAUUCAAAGAUGAAACCAGCCAAGAAAUAUGUCAGGAAUCCAGAUAGGGGUACAAAAAGGUAUAAUUCAUCAAAACAGCCAAAGCUAUUCAAGUCAAAGAAAAAGACACUUGAAGGUCCCAGGAGGAAUCCACCUAGGCAUACAAGAACUUAUGUUUUCCCAGAAGAUGAAGAACAUUAUGAGACCAUUCCUUCCACUCAAUUCAAGGAAACCAUUCAAGAAAAGGAAUCAAAUAAAAACAUUCAAGAAAUGCUGAACUUCAGGAUACCCAAGAGGAAAGCAACCAGAUAUUCAAAUACUCCUGGUGAAGAUGAAGCUUCAGGCAAGCAAUCAGAGAAUACCUCUGAUCAGGGAAUGGGCCAUGCAAUGCAGGAGGCUAGAGACUUGCUUGUGCCAUUCAAAAAGAGACCCCGGACUACAACCUACAAAAUUGUUCUACCAGAUAUUCCAGUGGGGUUUGUUUCAAGAGAAAAUAGGCAUGACAAUGCACCAAAGUUUGACCAAAUACAAACCUCAAAAGACCAUCAGAAUGAAGCUGUACAAAAAGGACAGGGGAGUCAAGAUUUCAUACAGACUACAGGAAGUGAGCCUGAAUCAUCAGAUCCACUCUCACCAAUCAUUCCAGGCCAAACUAAACAUGUACCACAGAGGGAUCAAGAAAAUCACCACAUCAACCUCAAUGAUCUAAUGGAAGAGGACUUGUCUGUUCUUGAUCACAACAACGCCCAGGAACCUCUCUCAUCAAAUAACAAUUUUAACAAGGCAGUUCCCAGUCUUUCAAAAAUUGGGGCUGCCUCAUUUUCUCAAGCAAACACCUGCUCAGAACUGUGGGUCCUGGUAUCAGUUUUACAUUUACCUGUCCUUAAUUUCUACUUGGCUGGUAUUGGAUGA